AUUUCGUCCAUAAAAAAGUUGCCCCCCUUCUAUACAGAGUAUCCUCUCUUAGCUUCGGCGUGAAAGCGAAGUCAUAUAGACAAAUGUCCCGGUUAUGAUGUCACUCUCUUUGUAAUUUCCGUUUGAUAUUUCCCUCUGCAGUUACUUUCUAAACGAUCAUUUCUUUGCAAAUUCAAAGCUACAGAGUAAGAAGAGGGAAGGGGAAUUCAUUUCUUUGAAAUUGGAAUUUUCCCAACUAUGUUGGCUCAAAGAAGAGGGAUAAUGAGCUGGAGGAGAGUGGCCAAUUCUUUGCAGGCCCUUGUAGCCCACAGCCUGCUUUUCUCAUUCACUCUUUUGCUUGCUCUCAAGCUUGACCGUGCGGUGUCUUACUCGUGUUGGAUCAUUUUUGCACCUCUGUGGCUAUUUCAUGCGGUGGUAGCACGUUGCAGGUUUUCCUUACCUGCUCCAUCGAUGCCCAAUGAUCGCCAUUGGGCACCAUCUCAUGCUGUAUUGGCAACUCCAUUGCUUGUUGCUUUUGAACUACUCCUUUGCAUACGUCUAGAGAGAAAUUAUGUUGUAAACUUGAAGAUUGUUUUCCUGCCGUUGUUGGUGUUUGAAAUAGCGAUCUUGAUUGAUAAUAUAAGGAUGUGUAGAGCUUUAAUGCCUGGAGAUGAAGAAAGCAUGAGUGAUGAAGCAAUAUGGGAGACUCUUCCUCACUUCUGGGUUGCAAUAUCUAUGGUCUUCUUCAUUGCUGCAACGAUAUUCACUCUUCUUAAGCUAUGUGGUGAUGUGUUAGCUCUUGGAUGGUGGGACUUGUUUAUAAAUUAUGGAAUUGCAGAGUGCUUCGCCUUUCUUGUUUGUACAAAGUGGUACAAUCCAGCAAUUCAUAGGGAUUCACAUAUUGGAGAAUCUGGUUCUUCAAUGACCAUCGGAGAUAUCGACUGGAAUAGAGGCUUGGUAGUUUCUUCAGAUGAAAACCGACAUCAGAACAGCAGAAUAUGCAACCUGCAGGACAUUGGCGGACAUUUUAUGAAAAUUCCUUUUAUUGGUUUUCAGAUCAUGCUUUUUAUGCACUUGGAGGGUACACCCCCUGGUGCUAAAAAUAUUCCAUUUCCAGUUCUUUUUUCUCCACUUUUUUUGGUGCAAGGAGCUGGGGUUCUGUUUGCUGCAUAUAGAUUGGUGGAGAAAUUUGUUAUUUUAUUGCGGGGUGGAGCUAGUUCUAGUAUAAACUUCUCCAUUGUAUCAAAAGCUCAUGAUUUUCUUGGAUUUUUGCACCAUGGAUCGAGGUUGUUGGGUUGGUGGUCAAUUGAUGAAGGAAGUAAAGAGGAGCAGGCUAGACUAUAUUAUGCUGGAGGUUCAGGCUACAAUACAUUCUCACCAGAUACCGUGAAGAGGAUGCCCAAAUCUGCACUUGUUGAGGAGAUUUGGAGACUGCAAGCUGCAUUAGGUGAGCAAACAGAAAUUACAAAGUUUAGCCAGCAGGAGUGUGAAAGACUUCAAAAUGAAAAAAUCCUGUGCAGAGUUUGCUUUGUGGAACAAAUUAAUGUAGUCCUGCUUCCAUGCAGGCAUCACGUCCUUUGCAGUACUUGCUGUGAGAAGUGUAAAAAGUGCCCAAUCUGUCGUGUUGUGAUUGAAGAACGAUUGGAUGUAUAUGAUGUGUAGCUCCAGUAAAUCCACAAGAUGGCUAGAAAGCUUCCUUGCUGCUCCGUGUUUUAGAUGAAGCGUGCAAAGAGAAGAUGGCAAUUGUGGGGGACCGGUUGGUAGCACAUUGCAGCCACUUUCAGUUGUGCAAAAUAUCAGUUUGUGAAGUUUUCCUUGAUGCUGAGCUUGCAUCGAUUCAUCAUGUGGCUUCUUCCUGUGGGAUAUUGAAGUUUCAACAACAGAACUUUCAAGUAAAAUAUAAUCAUCCAUCUUUUGUCCAUCUCUUCUUAUUGUACAGCCCAUUAUCAGUGCCAUUAAUACAAGAUGAUUUCUUUUGAUAAAUUGUGAGAGUGGUACAGUGGUGCCCAAUUGAAUAGGAUUACGGCACCCACUCUGGCCUAGAAUCUUUAUUGUAGUGCUUUGUCUCUAUCAAGAAAAUGAAUAAUGCAGUUCCUACAAUGUCGUGGGGUGAAGAGUUGAAUAAAUUAAACGGAAAAUUAUUAUUUA